AAAAAAAAUACCGUAAAAAAUUAUAAAUAAAUACAGAAAACAAGCUGGCUCUAAAGCGACAAGUGUUUCUAGAUAAUGAUUAUGGAACUCUGAUUCUCUUUUUUGAAGAAGCAAUCGAUUUGGAAAGCUUCGUCGUUCGAAUCAGGUGUUUUAGCUUGUAUUGAUGACUUCGCUGUGAUCGGAAACAAUGCUAAAUUCUGGUAGUUUGCCACCGGUAGUGGAUCAUGUUCAUGUCUGUGAAAACGGAUCUCAGUUGGUUGAAUUACUUCCUGCCACCAAUGAUGAGAAUGGAGGAGUCAUUGUCGAUCUGAAGGAGGCAAUGGAACCUGCGGCGUUUGCUACGUUGCUCGGAGUUUCACUCGCACAAUGGAAGCGACAGGGAAAGAAGGGUGUUUGGAUAAAACUGCCCAUUAAGCUGGCAAAUCUCGUUGAAACCGCAGUGAAGGAGGGAUUUUGGUACCAUCAUGCUGAGCCACACUACCUGAUGCUUGUUUACUGGAUCCCUGAAACUACCAGUACAAUUCCUGCAAAUGCUACCCACAAAGUCGGUAUUGGUGCUGUUGUCUUGAAGGAUGGAAAGGAGAUUUCCUUCUUGCAGGUGCUUGUCGUCCAGGAAAAGAGUGGCAUAUUCCAAGGAACAGGUGUGUGGAAAAUCCCUACUGGAGUUGUUGAUGAGGGGGAGGAUAUUUUUAUGGCAGCUGUAAGAGAAGUAAAAGAAGAGACUGGAAUUGACACAGAAUUUUCUGCGAUAUUAGCAUUCGGGCAUUCGCACAAGACGUUCUUUGACAAGUCAGAUCUUUUAUUUCUGUGCAUGAUGCGGCCACUGUCCUACGACAUCCAGAAGCAAGAACUAGAAAUUGAGGCAGCACAGUGGAUGCCGUUUGAGGAAUAUGCAGCUCAACCAUUCAACCAGAAGCAUGGACUCCUCAAGCGCAUCACUGAUAUAUGCUCAGCAAAACUACAGGGGGACUAUCUCGGAUUUUCUCCUCGCCCUACAACUUCUUUCUUCAGUAAUAAAUCAAGUUAUCUGUACUCCUUCAACACCCGGGAUUUAAAUUGAUCCUUCUGCCAAUUGUCAAGCAUAUAUAUAUAGAUAUAUGUGUACUCCUUCAUUAUAUAUGAAUGAGAUAAAAAUUAAUUAGGCGCAUAUUUUGUCUU